AUGGGGAUCGUCCUGGGUCGUGUCAACGUGGAGACGCCGCAAUUCACGGUGGAGGCGAAGACGGAUGCGUUUGAGAUUCGGCGAUACCCUCCGCAGAUGGUGGCAGAAGUGACGUACGACGGCGACCACCAGAACGGCAUCAACACAGCCUUCUCCGCCUUAGCGGGGUACAUAGGCGCGCUCUCCGCUCCUCAGAACCGUCCUGCACCUGCCCAUUCGGACAGCCCAGGAGAGGGGGGGGAAGGAGGAGGUGGAGAAGUGGGAGGGGAAAGCAGCGCUGCUGGAGAGAAGAUAGCCAUGACUGCUCCUGUGGUGACAGCCCCUACAGCAGCAGGCAAAACCACGAUGCAAUUCCUCCUGCCAGCGUCCCUCGCGCCAUUGACCACGCCCAUCCCCACCAACCUGGAUGUGAGCAUUCAUCAGCUGCCGCCACGCCUCCUGGGUGCUGUCACCUUCUCAGGCCUCACAACGCAAUCAGUGCUUCAGCACAAGUCGCAGGAAUUGCGAGGUGCCCUAGAAGCAGCUGGGUACAAAGUGUGCGGGGAUUAUGUGGUUGGGCGGUACAACCCGCCGUUCACUCUGCCGUUUAUGCGGACAAACGAGAUUUUGUACCCUGUGGAAGGAUAA